AUGCUAAACAAGGCAUGUCUUAAUCUUUUUGAUAUUAGGAAAAUGAAGAAUCAUGUUGAAAUUAUAGAGUUUUCUUAUACAGUAAUAUUUACAGAUGCUCGAACGAUCUAUGUUAGCGAGCUUAGUCGCAAUAUUACUGUCAAAGAUUUACAUGAAGAUUUUCAAUCAAAUGGAACAAUUAGACAAAUCACAAUUAUUUGUAAAAUUUUCGACGAUACCGAAGAUAGAAACAACGGAUAUGCUUAUAUAGAAUUCGAUGAAGAAUCGGAAGUCAAACGUACCUUACGUUUGAAUAGAGGCGUAAUAGAUGAACAUAUAGUUAAGGUCGAAAAAAAAUGGAGUGAUGCUUGUACAAUUUUCGUUGGCAAUCUUCCUGAUAGUAUUACCGAAGACGCAUUAAGAAAUCAUUUUCAAUCUUAUGGCGUUCAUCCUUAUCGCGAUAUACACAGUGUCACGAUAAAAAAUGGUAAAAAGGGAAAAUAUGCAUUUAUGCACCUUGCCGGAAGAGAUUUUGUAGAACGUGCGCUACAGGCAAAUGAAUCACAUCUUGAUGGAAAACGGAUUCGU